UAAGUGAAAGUUUGCUCUUUGUACUCCUCCUGUGCAACAACACAGCUCCCUCUGAACUCAAAAAAAAACCCACACAAGAAUAGAACUCAAGUGUUUUAUAUUACAGAAAACAGUUUAUACAAGCUACUUGGUAUAUUUAGGAGAAUUUUGCAUCCAAUGUUAAACCAGAAAAAUAAGACGCAGUGAAAACACAUGGUGGCGCUGCAGGUUAAGGUGAUGAAAACCAGAAUUGUCUACGUAGCUCCAGUAUUCAGCCAGUUUCACACUGCCUGGAAGCUGAAGAAUCUCAGGCAGAGCAAAAGUGAGUGUGAAACCUCUUCAGAACUAUAUUUAGCGAUAUAGUUCUGAUUUGCUGGAGUGCAGGUCCCAGCUACUAGGAUCCUGGCCAUAUAUGAAGCUCCUGUGAACCGAGUUUUCAGGAAAGAGCAAUGGAGAUGGGAUGGAUGCACAGUUGGAGACAAAGGCAAGUCCUAGUUUUCUUUGUUUUGCUGAGCAUGUCUGGGGCGAGUGCCGAGUUGGGGCCCUAUUCAGUAGUGGAAGAAACAGAGAGAGGUUCCUUUGUGACAAAUUUAGGAAAAGACCUGGGGUUGGGGUUGACAGAGAUGUUCACUCGAGCGGCCCGGAUAAUUUCCCAGGGGAGCAAAGAGCAUUUGCAGCUCAAGGUUCAGACUGGGGAUUUGCUCAUAAACGAGAAACUAGAUCGAGAGGAGCUAUGCGGUCAAACUGAGCCUUGUUUACUAUAUUUCCAAGUGUUAAUGGAAAAACCCUUAGAGAUAUUUCAGGCUGAACUGAGGGUGAAAGACAUAAAUGACCAUUCCCCCGUGUUCACUGAAAGAGAAAUGAUUUUAAAAAUACCGGAAAACAGUCUGCCAGGAAUUUCAUUCCCUCUGAGUAACGCUCUGGACCUGGAUGUAGGGAGCAACAAUGUUCAGAACUAUAAAAUCAGCCCCAACUCCCAUUUCCGGGUUCUAACCCGCAAUCGCAACGACGGCAGAAAAUACCCUGAGCUGGUACUGGACAAAGAGCUGGAUCGGGAGGAAGAGCAAGAAAUCUCAUUAACCCUAACAGCAUUGGAUGGAGGCUCUCCGCCUCGGUAUGGGACUGUCCAGGUGCACAUUGAAGUGAUUGACAGCAACGAUAAUGCCCCCGAGUUUGAGCAGUCGCUCUACAAGGUGCAUAUUCCUGAGAACAGCCCUGUGGGUUCACUGGUUGUCACUGUCUCUGCCAGCGAUGUAGACAGUGGAGUCUACGGGAAAAUAUCAUAUACAUUCUUUCAGCCUUCAGAAGAUAUUAGUAAAACUUUGGAGGUAAACCCUAUGACAGGCGAAAUUCGACUAAGAAAACAAGUAGAUUUUGAAACAGUUCUGUCUUAUGAAGUGGACAUCAAGGCUACUGAUGGGGGAGGUCUUUCAGGAAAAUGCACUCUUCUCCUGCAGAUAGUGGAUGUGAAUGAUAAUCCCCCAGAAGUGACAAUCUCUGCACUCACCAGCCCCAUCCCUGAGAACUCGCCUGAGACUAUGGUUGCAGUUUUCAGUGUUUCAGAUCCUGACUCAGGGGACAAUGGGAAAACUAUUUCCUCCAUCCAGGACGACCUUCCUUUUCUUCUAAAACCUUCAGUCAAGAACUUUUACUCCUUGGUAACCAGGAGAGCACUAGAUAGGGAAGAAAGAGCCGAGUACAACAUCACCAUCACCGUCACAGACAUGGGGACUCCCAGGCUGAAAACCCAGCACAACAUAACAGUGCUGGUGUCCGACGUCAACGACAACGCCCCCGCCUUCACCCAGGCCUCCUACACCCUGCGGGUCCGCGAGAACAACAGCCCCGCCCUGCACAUCGGCACCGUCAGCGCCACAGACACAGACGCCGGCGCCAACGCCCAGGUCACCUACUCGCUGCUGCCGCCCGCCGACCCGCACGUGCCCCUGGCCUCCCUCGUGUCCAUCAACGCCGACAACGGCCACCUGUUCGCCCUGCGGUCCCUGGACUACGAGGCCCUGCGCGCCUUCGAGUUCCGCGUGGGCGCCGCCGACCGCGGCUCGCCGCCGCUGAGCAGCCAGGCGCUGGUGCGCGUGCUCGUGGAGGACGACAACGACAACGCGCCCUUCGUGCUGUACCCGCUGCAGAACACCUCGGCGCCCUGCACCGAGCUGCUGCCCAGGGCGGCCGAGCCGGGCUACCUGGUGACCAAGGUGGUGGCGGUGGACGGCGACGCGGGCCAGAACGCCUGGCUGUCGUACCAGCUGCUCAAGGCCACGGAGCCCGGGCUGUUCGGCGUGUGGGCGCACAACGGCGAGGUGCGCACGGCCAGGCCGCUGAGCGAGCGCGACGCGGCCAGGCACAGGCUGCUGGUGCUGGUCAAGGACAAUGGCGAGCCGCCGCUGUCGGCCAGCGUCACGCUGCACGUGCUGCUGGUGGACGGCUUCUCGCAGCCCCACCUGCCGCCCCCGGAAGCGGAAGCGGAAGCGGAGGCGGCGGCCGCGGCGCCGGCCGACCCGCUCACCGUCUACCUGGUGGUGGCCUUGGCGUCCGUGUCGUCGCUCUUCCUCUUCUCGGUGCUGGUGUUCGUGGCGGUGCGGCUGUGCGGGCGGGGCGGGGCUGCUCGGGCGGGUCGCUGCUCGGUGCCCGAGGGCCCCUUCCCGGGCCACCUGGUGGACGUCAGCGGCACCGGCACCCUGUCCCACAGCUACCAGUACCAGGUGUGUCUGACUGGAGGUACUGGGACCAGCGAGUUCAAGUUCCUCAAACCAACUAUCCCCAAUCUGGAAUCCCAGAGUACAGGGAGGGAAAUAGAAGAAAAUCCCUCGUUUAGGAAUAGCUUUGGGAUUUAAUUAUUGAUAAAAACCUAGUUAAUAAAGAUAUUUACUCCUAAUAUUUUUAAUUAAACUUUUUAUCCACACCACCAAUAGGGUAUUAUUUAAUUUUCUCUAUUUGGUUUAUCCUCAAUUUCUAUUUUCUGCUUAACUUUACAAGUUUCCUUUUCUUCAUAUUUUAGUCCAAUGAAGUAUUUCUCACUAGAAUUCCAAUGAGUGAAGUUAAGCUUUGUUGUCAAAGUGGAGAUCACUUACAUUUUUUCCCACUUUAUAGAGGUCUUCAUUGAUUUUGUGUUUACAUUUGAAAUUUCAGUUUUCCUUUUCCUAGAACUUUGUCAAUUAUCUGUCCAUGGGAUCUAGAUAUUUACUAUUCGACAUUUCUAACAUUUUUAUUUCAAAAUUGGUGUUUUUGUUGGUUUGUCAGCUUCAAUUUUCAUUACAGCAAUUUUCUUAAACCAUGUUACUUUUUAAAAUAAUUCCCUUCCCCUGUAUUGGUAUCUGCCUAUUUAAAAUAGAAUAUCCCCAUUGGGUGCUAUAAUAAAUAAAUCUCUAAUCAGUCUUAUCUGAAAAUAACAAGAAACACAAUUGUAAGAUACUGAGUUUGCGUAUGUGUGUUUAAGUUUGGAGACAAAAAAGCAAAAUUUAGGUAUUCUAUAAUAUCACAUAGAAACAUUUAAUAAUUUGUUCCUCUUAAUUCUGUUUGAAAAAAUCAGAGGUCCCCAUUAAGUUUUUAAUGGCUAACACAGUCCCAUUCAGUUGGAAAAAAAAUAAAGAAGUCAUCAAAAAGAGGUCUGUAUUACAUGUUGUGGUGUUUAUAUUCAACCAUUAGUGUUUUUGACAGUAGCUAGCCUUUUCCCAGUACAAUAGCUUUCAGUUUAAUCUGUAUCCUUUGCUUAUCGUGGAAAAAAUAGUGUCUUUCUAAAUAUGAGGGCUUGAACAAAAUUCUCUGUGAGGCAAAUGUUUUAAUGUUGUUCUUACUUUCAGUAGUAGUUAGGGUGGGCUUUAGUAUGGUCUACUCUUUAUUUUG